AUGCUUUCUCUCUCUCUCGUUUUUCUUUCUUUUUUUUCACGAUUUCUCUUUAACCUUGCUACUUUUACUUCUUUUCUUUUUGUAUUUAUAAUUCUUUAUUCUUUCCCUCUUUUUUUUGUUCUUUCUUUCUUUCUUACUUUCUUUUAUUUCAUGAUUUCCCUUUUGUCUUUUUACUUUUUCUUUCGUGCAUUUAUACUUAUUUAUUCUUUCUUUCUCUCUCUCUCUCACGUGUUUUUCUUCUUUUUUUCACGACUUCUCUUUAAACUUCUUACUUUUAUUUCUUUUCUUUUUUAUUUCUAUUUAUUUAUUCUCUCUUUCUCUCUUUCUUUUGUUCUUUCUCUCUUUCUUUUGUUCUUUCUCUCUUUCUUUUGUUCUCUCUCUCUUUCUUUUGUUCUCUCUUUCUUUUGUUCUCUCUUUCUUUCUUUCUCUCUUUCUUUCUUUCUCUCUUUCUUUCUUUCUUUCUCUCUUUCUUUUACUUCUUUCUAG